GGAGACGGAAAAGAGAGAAGCAGAGACGGCCUACGCGAUGAAGAAGAUGAAUCGCACUUGGUAAUCGCAGCAAUUAGGGGUCGCAAUUGGUGUAAUGGACAAGGCUGCCUACGAAAUAAUGGAUAUUGAAGGUAUUCAGUCACACCUCCACGCCUUAAGGCAGUUAUAUGGACUGUUACAAAAUGAUGAGGAUGGCAUGCCAAGGCUGACCGCAGAAACUUUGGACGACAAAGGAAAGCUUCUGUUAAAAAAGUUAUUGGACAGUGCUACUGAAAGGGUAUUUGAGGUUCAUUCACAGAUCAUAGCUCGUGAGGUUGAUGCAUCUCUGGCAAACAGUUCAUUAAAAGUUGAUGGCGUUGGUAAGCAAGAAAGUAUGGUGGUAGAGGCACCACAUUUAAUCUUCUCCGCCUGUGAAUCUGAAAACAGAAGGAAACGCUGCAGGAUUUGCCAACGUCCCAAGACUGUGAAGCAUUUUAAACAUAAUAGGAGAGUGAAAUUCACUGAUAAUGGAAGCCAGAGCUCUAUAAGAGUUACUCCAUCACAGGAUAAACCACGUAAUCAAGUUAAUCACAUUUGGCAGAGUGAUGAUCAGGGAGAAGGAUUUCGAUCGCUUAACGCCCAAUUCUGUUUUCCAUCAGGAAGCAAUGAAAGGGAAGAUAAGAGUGGGAUUUUUCUCAGUGGCGUUGGGUCUAUUGUUUCUUCUUCAGCUAAUUCCCCAGUGCCUGAGUUUAUUAAAACAAAAGCUAAGCAUGAUGAGCAUAUUCACGAAACUGUGGGAAACAAUUAUUUGUCCAAACAAGUUUCAGAAGCCAUCAAAGAAAUUGAACUCCGCAUAUCGACCUUGCAGUUGGAGGCCAAAUAUGAGUCUGGCAAUGCCAUUGCUGAUAAGUUUCUGCAAUUGGAUGUCCCUUCUGCUGUUAGGCAGACACAAGGAUUGAUCCCCAGUUUUGUGAAUGAACCAAACAGCUCAGACCAUGAUAUUGCACAUCAAAAAACUCCAGAUCCUAAGGGUUAUAGAUUCAUUGAACGCCAAAAGGGGACAUCAAAUUCACUUUCUGCUAUAAGAAACAAGGACCGAGACUCUGUGCCUCUGAACUUGAAUACUUGGAAAAUAAAAUCUGCGAGGCCAACAAUGCAGUUUAUUGAAAACAAAAAGGGUUUGGCAAGUCAUCACAAAACUAUGAGACAGACUAGGUUGGGUUCUGAGCACAGUCAACUCACAGAGACCAGAAAGUUGGAUAAAGAUGUGAUUCGAUAUGGAAACCAUGGAAAAAGAAGCAGCAGUUGCAGUGAUAGUGGGCCCUACCGUUCACGUCGCAUCACAAGAAGCCGUUAUAUGAUUGACUCAAGCAGCGGUGAGAAUGAGGUUUACUCAUCAUCAUCAUCAUUGCCAAGCAGCAGCAGUGCUAGAAGCUUUCAGCAGAGGAGUUGUUCUACACGCAGAGGUGAGAGUGAGACAUCCUCACAACUAGAUUCUUCUUCUACCCAUUCUGUUGAUUCAUCAUCAAAGACAUCCAGUCCUGUUAGGGUCCACAAAUCUGCCAAUUCAAAGAAAACUAAGAAGACACAAGUUGGGCGGUGGAAGAAGUUGAAGGACAAGCUAGGAAUUAUAUUUCAUCAUCACCACCACCACCACCACCAUCAUAAUGUCAACAAGAAAGUUCAGAAUACUAGUAGUUAUAAUAUAACCAAGGUAAAUCACAAAGAACCUCCACCGAAGCUGCAAGGAAAGAUUCCAAAUUCUCAGAGAAAAUAUGAGGCCUUUGAAGAACAGGCAAUGCAGAAGGUUGGAAAGAACAAGCAGGGCAGCAAUUUUCAGACUCUAGUGAGGGGGCUGAGGCACGCCCGCCAUUUGAAGAAACCAAAGCCACCAAAACACGGCGGGCUACCCUCCAAAAAGGGGACACAUGGGAACAAGAAGGUGGUCAAGGCAUCUCAUUGGUGGCAGCUGUUGCGUCACCAUGGAAAGCUGAAGAAGCCACCCGUGUUGCUCGAUUCAAAUGCUAAGAAAAAGCUCGCGAAAGACUUUUCUAAGAUGAAGUGAUGAGAGGAGGCAAACAUGAUGGUUAGGCAUUUUAUCAUCCAGUAAGAUCAACUCUUCUGGUAUAUUUAUUUAGCUUCGGCAUUGUUUGUAAAACUAUUCAAAACAAACGAAACACCUACUUGCCCAUUAUGAACUCAUAUAUGUAAUUAUCCUAGCUUGGUGUAAAUAUAUAUCCAGUGUACUG